CCCCCCCCUCAACCCUUCACCACCACCACCACUUACUUGAGUUUCCAGGACUGGGGAGUUAUUUUCUCUUUUUGCAAAAAUAAUAAAUAUCCAUAAUCAACUGAAGAGUUCAUCUGUGGGAGCGAUGACCCGGCCAGUGAUAAAAAGUGCCUUUUCGGAAGUCUGUGUUACUUGGAGUUGCUUUUAGGUCAAUCUGCUCUUUUGAGACUUGUUUGUUGCCAAUUAGACAAAUGUCUGACCUAACGUGCAACUGAAAACAGAAAAACGUCUCUGCUGCAUCUGUAGCUGCUGCCUCAUCUUAAACUGGCUGUAACAUCAAAAAAAUUGGAACAACAAUCUGCUGCAAGAGAAACUAAACCAACAUACAGAGAGCUGAGUGUGCCGAAUGCAGUAAAAUCAAUAACUGGAAGUGACUUGAAUGCGAUUAGUAUUCAAUCAACGGGUGUGAUUGCAUCGAAAUAACUUUUUAUUAAAAGCAACAAAGUGCUGUGUCAGCAGAAGUACAUUAUAAAACAGACCAGACGUGCCACCAACAAGAAGGGGUUAAAACCCCACAACUCCCAACUGGUAACCGAUUGCUUGUUGACUAGUUGUCUGUUUUAAUGUUGACUAGCAGGCCGCAAAAUAAUUCUCCAGCAGCAUUUUAUGAAGUAAUUUUCUGCUUUUAUGACCAUUAAAAGGCAUUUUUAUAUUUUAAGAAAGGAGAGCUAUAUUUUUGAUUUUAAUUCUGUUGACUGCUGCAUUCUUUCCCCAAGAAUCCUGAUAUUAAGCUGUUCUGAACCACGUUUCACUUUGACGAUUUAUUAUGGCUGUAAACGUUACUCCAGUACGUGAUACAAAAUGGCUGACAUUAGAAGUGUGCAGACAGUUUCAGAGAGGGACAUGUUCACGUUCAGACCAGGAAUGCAAGUUUGCACAUCCACCAAAAAGCUGCCAGGUUGAAAAUGGGCGAGUUAUUGCAUGCUUUGAUUCCCUUAAGGGUCGUUGCACAAGAGAAAACUGCAAAUAUCUUCAUCCACCAAUGCAUUUAAAAACGCAGUUAGAAAUUAAUGGACGCAACAAUCUUAUACAACAGAAAACAACUGCAGCUAUGUUGGCACAGCAGAUGCAGUUUAUGAUGCCAGGUGCUCAAAUUCAGCCAGUUGCCACGUUUCCAAUGAAUCCUGGCACAGGAGUAAAUCAUCAUGCUUUUAGUUUUAGUCCUUUUCUGGCACCCAUGCCUCACAGUGUUGGGUUAGUUCCAACAGAAGUUCUCUCUAGUGCUCCUGUCCUUGUCCCUGGAAGCCCACCCAUUUCAGUUGCUGGAUCAGGAAAUAUGCCGAAGCACAUGAGAACAGACCGGUUAGAGGUGUGCAGGGAGUUUCAGCGAGGGAACUGCACACGGGGUGAGACCGAUUGCCGUUUUGCUCACCCUGCAGACAGCACAAUGGUGGACACCAAUGACAACACUGUGACUGUCUGUAUGGAUUAUAUCAAAGGUCGUUGCUCAAGAGAGAAGUGCAAAUACUUCCACCCUCCUGCCCACUUACAGGCCAAAAUAAAGGCAGCGCAGCACCAGGCCAACCAGGCUGUGGCAGUCGCUCAGGCAGCUGCUGCAGCAGCGACAGCAAUGACUCAGUCGGCUGCCAAAUCUGUGAAACGACCCCUCGAGGCAACCUUUGACCUGGCCUUCCCACCUGGUGUCCUUCACCACUUACCAAAGAGACCAGCCCUUGAAAAAAGCAAUGGCACCAGCACAAUCUUUAAUCCUAGUGUUUUGCACUACCAACAGGCUCUAGCCAAUGCACAAAUGCAGCAGCCAACAUUUUUUCCAACAGGGUCGGUGUUUUGCAUGACUCCUCCAGCUACAACUGUUGGUCAUACUGAAAUAAUGAACCAGAAGCAGAUGAAUCCCCAGGACAUCUCUAUGGAAACUCAUGAACAGGCUUACUGUAAAUACUAUCCUCUUCCCUCCCCACCUGCAUCUAUAUUAGGCUUACCACAGCCAGCAUGCUAACCAAAUUAAGAGAAAUUCUAUUUAGAUUAAGCAAGAAUACAAAAUCGUGAUGGGAAAUACAUCAUAAAAUUUAAGGAUAUAGAUGAGUUCAGACACAUAUUUAAUAUUCAUAUAUCCUGUAAAUAACCCUAGCGCUAUGACAAAUGUUACAAUCAAAGAAAUGGUAUAUCUACUUUCUGAUGUCUCAUUUUGUGGAGAUGUUUCACCAUUACAUUCUGUAAAGAGUGUGAUGUGGUUAUAUUGUUAAUCUGUUAUGAGAUCAUUGUGUACAAAAGAAAAAGCAGCACCCACAGGGUUGGAAGAAUCCCUACAGACAUUUAUAGACAAAACUAUACUCCAUAGACAAAGAACACCCAUUUUGAAAAUUACAGCGUAAAAUAAAAUGGGUUUUUUAAAUCUUCAGUACUGGCUCAAUCAAUCACUGUGGAAAAAGUGUUCGAUCAACAUUGGUCAUCAGUUUUUAAAAAAACAAACAUGAGCAGUGACUUUAAGAAAAUUGCAAUAAUAUUUUAAGUAAACACGAUGGGUAUAAAGUUGAUAUUAAUCUGAAAUAUUGCACAGAAAUAAUUUGCCUUCUCAAAGUUUUUUUUUGUAUUUUUGAUGCUCUUGAUGCCUUCGUUAGCUAAUGUGAGCAAAGCAUGAAAGGAUAUCUUCCUUUCCAAUGCAGUGCAAUCAGUUUUGGGUAGCUAUAAUCCUAUAUUGGCAUCAGAUGUUGGAGGAUGGUUUAGUUUUCUGAGGCAACUUAUUUCAAAGUUUGAUUGAAUCGUGUCUAAAUCUUAAAUCAGGUUCUCAGCACCAGUCCGUAUAGUUGCAAAAUGGGUGAGUAAUGUGGAGCUGCAGAGGAUAGGGCUGGCUACAAAGUUGGCGGAAGACAAACUUGGCCAGUCUUACUGCAGCUACAGUUCAAUUUGCCCAACAUAUUUACUAUGUUAUCAAAGAUUCUUCCAACUCUGAAAGGCGUACCAUAUUAUAAAUUCAUUUAUAAUGUAGAACAUGAUAUAUGUAACAGUGCCUAAAAAAAAGGGGGAGGGGGGACAAUUAUUCACAAGUAUGUGCAAAGCGUAAGUUGUACCAAAAUUGUAUUUUGUGUGGUUUCUCAUGUUAGCAAAGCAGACGAAUUUAACUGGCGCGAUUUGACAAAAACCUAGUUAAGUAUAUGACGAGAGAAAAAUUAACUUUUUAAAAAAAAGAUUAUUCUUUUUCUAACAAAAAGGCUCUUCCCAAAUAAAAUUGCACCCUAAUUUCACUAAUGACCUUUUACCAGCGACAGUGCAAAGAUGGGGGCUGGUGAUUUUAUUUUUCUUUAAACCAAAUUAUAUCCUAAGACUGUAAACCCAUACCAAAUUUAUUGCUCCAUUUUGCAAGUCACAUAAUCCAAUAGUGACUCUAAUAUAAGGUUUAGAAGUGGCUUUGAAGAUAAUAUUACAACAUAAUUUUGUUGAACAGUGUUCAAUCUAAAAAUUAAAUACAGAAAAUACACAAAGGCGGGCUCAGUACUGUAGUAUUACCUUUGAACCCUACCAUCAUUUGAUUUUAGUGCCAGUAAAGCAAUCAGUAACCACAAAAAAAAUCAGAAUGCAGCAGACAUAAAAAAAACUUUUAUUUUUGUUUUUUUUAAUUAUAGCCUGUAUUUAAAGAAUGAUUGAUUGUUUCAAGACUUAGCAAAGAUUUUAGCUAGAUCCAUCCAGUGUAAUGAUUAGAAAUUAGUUAGUAGUUUAAGAUCUUUAUUGUGUUGAAAGUAUAUCCCAUUUUCGUAAUAGGUUUAUCUUUUUAUAAGAUUGGUUUUCUGAUAUGAAAUGUUUAUGGUUUUAUAGUAGAAUUGAUCCUAAAGGUAAUGUGUAAUAUUGAUUUUUUUUCUUAAACUUUUUUUCUUAUUGAGGGUUAGUAGUCAUUUUUUUUAAUCUUACAGUUAUGCUACACACAUGGGGCUCAAUUAAUUACAAGUCGACUGAACCUAUGGUUAUACAUAUAAGAUACACCAUUAACAUAUCGGAAAUUAUAUCACAAUGUGACUUUCAGAUGUCAAUGCAAGUUACCCGUUGUGAUUAGUUUAACAGCUAUUACGUCAUAAUAAAUUCUUGGGUGUGUGUUUCUUUUCUAAAGCUCUGUUUCCAGAUUCCAAGUAUACUCAUUAUCCAGCAGUUAUGUUUUUUGUCUUUUGUGUAGCAGCGCAGUACUCUUCAUCAAUUUUAUGAUGUAAUAGCAAUAAUUUCUGCUAUGAAAUAGUGUACUUAGCUUAAAAGCUUUUUGCACUAUAGUAAAAACGCCUCACUUUGUGACCACAGCACUUAUCCAGCGCACUUAGGUAUUUUUUUUAAGGCUUCAUACUCCACCUCGUAACAAUCUUUAUUGCCUAAUUAGAAUUUUGCUAAGAAUUAGAACUUCAAUGUGAAAUGAUUAUAUGUCAUAAUAAUAGCAUGAUACAUGUGUAACAUUAUAGAUUUUUUUUUCUUUGUUUUAAGAAUAGAUGAACUUUUAUGUUUUUACAUUUGUUUUCUAGUUGACAACGUGGGCCAUUUGACCUGCAGGUAUUGACUUCUAGCCAUUUGUGUACUGUCAGAUGGUAAAAUAUUGAUACUGUUUGAAUAUUUUCAAAAGGUGCACCCAAGGAACAUUUUGGUUUUUGUGUUCUCUUUAAAAACAAAAAGGGUUUGUUGUUUCGGAAAUGUUACGACUGUCUCAAGAGUUGGCAUGCCGCUGAAAUAUUUGAUCCUGGUGAUGUACAAAUAUGGAUAACAUAUCUUGUUGCACUUAUGUACAUAGUAAAUAUGUAAUAAAGCUGCCUUUAUAUUGUAAAAUGAGCAGCAGAGGUUUUUAAAUAAAAACGAAAUACUCCGUUCAAAGCGUUCUCAUGAGAGAGGCAGUUGUGUGUGAAUUGUAACUGUUUACUGAAAUAUAAUAUAUUUCCUAUUGGAAUACUUAGCAGUUAACACUUAAACUGUAUUUUUAAAAGCUAUAUAUGAAAAUUGUAUGCUGCAAUUUUUUUGUUCAGAAAUGAACAUUCAAGCCUCUAUUGGGGUGUACUAACCAUACUUAAUCUCUCAUGCUUCUGGCUUUGAGCAAAGAUGAAAUAUUCAAACCAUAUCAUAAAAGCCUGACAGUCAAACAGCAUCCCUCCCUAGAACGGAACAUUCUAACCAAACUGAAAGCAAUUUGUGUUCCCUUAUUUACAAUUUACUGGAUUGUAACAACAAGAAUUGUCUAAUACCACACUAAGUCACGGAAUGCUUAUAGUCAAUUUUAAUGUGAUGUCUGAUAUUCAUUUCUCUGGUCAGAAAAUGAUCCAUUAGUGCGUUAAGUUGGAAAUAAUUACUCGAGCUGUUUUGGUAAACGUACAUACGCCUGGAAAGUGUUCAGAUCGAUAUUUCACAAAACUGGUUUGAACUUUUCUAUUGACAGCAGCCAAAUAAGUUUUCUAGCCGUGAUAUUUUGGUGAAUCUUUAGCAGCUGAAGAAUGUAAUAGCUCCACAAACACAUACAGGCACGCACACACAUAUACGGAGCACAGUUAGUGAUUCUUGUGCCAUAGGCUUAGUAAUACGUCACUUUGCAAUGAAAUGAUUUGUCUAUAUACAGCUUCUCCACUUCCCAGGUAUACUGUACUGACUGAUAUUUCUCUGUAAUACUGCCAGAUUAUACCGUUUAUGCUUCAGUUAUGUCAUAUGAUGAAUGAGAUUCACUUAUGUUUCUGAAAAUACAACUAUUUGUUUUAUGACCAUUGAGGGGAAAAUAAAGAAAUAUUUGGGAAAAAA